AUGUACGCUGCAGCCUCGCGGAGAAUCUGUGUCACUGACGGGAGCGUUGGACCAAUUGUAGGAAGCGGUGGGUCGGACUCGAUCGGCGACCUCAUCAGACCCAAAUCGACCCCCCCAAUAAUGACUGCGCGCAAGAUCGCGACCCCAGACGGCCCACCCCAGAUCAACCGCCCGAAGAUUCGCUUCUCGGUCGAUGCGAAUGCACCGACGGAAGAGCCUCGGCAUGGAAUGGAUUCGAUCUCUCGGAGCACUCUACUGGGUGACGGCGACCACCUCUAUACUUCUGGACUACGUCGUAUCCGACAACAAGCCAGCGGUCCCCAAGGAUUCAUGAUCCCCUCUCGCUCCCCAUCGGUCGCCUCCACCCGUGUCAACUCGUUGUCGCUACCCGGAACCACCUCCACCUUGGGCUCCUGCGAGGAUCUCGCCAGGUUUCCGUCCGAGUCGCUUCACUCCUUCUCGUUUGCGAACCAGUCCGAAGAUCUCAUCCACAAUAGACAGAAUAUCCUGAAGCGGAGCAUCGAAUUCAUGAGAGACAAGCUGGGAUGGGGUACACGGUCUCCGCUGAUAGCCACCGCACAGGCAAAAAUGGAUGGGAACGGCGCCGAGGUUGAGAGCAUGAUGGAGCUUCUGCGCAGGGCGGACAUGGUUUCGGAGGAGAAGACGCCGAUGCUCACCGGGCCUGUCACUGGACCCGCUGGAGUUGACAGCAAUCCGUUCGAACAGAGUUUCGCGAAACCUAAAGCUCCAACACGGCUUGACACUAGAGUCUCGGACGUCGCCCAUAUAUCAGACUCCCCCAUCGACGCGGACUCAGCAGAAACAUCCAGAUCCAACACUGAAUCGGACAAUACUGGUCGCACUACCCCACCUCCCUCCGAGCGGCCCAGCCUGAGACGUACCUACACCGACACAACCACCCUAGCGCUCGAAUCCAGGCUGUACGAAGCUCUGGCUCAACCGUAUCUAGCUUCGGAAGUUGCUGGGGCUAACAACGGUCCACGCGCGGCGAUCCGGAAAUCCUCCGUACACGGACACACGAGCCGCUAUCAGCCCCCCGCACAAGCUAUCUUCACAACGGAAGCACAAAGUCCGUGGACGAUCCUCGCGGCAAACGAUUUGGCUUGCCUCGUCUUUGGAGUCACCAUGGCUGAAGUCCGGAAGAUUGGUAUCAUGGAAGUCGUGAAAGAGGAGAGGAGAGGAUGGCUGUCAGCAAAGCUGAACUCUGGCGAGAAUACAUCGACUUCGUUUCCGUACCCGCACAGUCAACAUGGUACGCCGCGUUCGACACCGCGUUCGACUGGCGUCAUGUACCAGGGGGCCCAGAGGACCAAAUCGGACAUGUUCUACACUGGACUUCCGAUGGCUGCCCGUGCCAAGGCGCAGGAGCCGAAGGUCAAAGUUAAUCAGAAUCGAGGGGUUAUCCUUUGCGGAGAUGUUGUGCCGAUUCAGAAGCGUAAUGGUAAUACAGGGGCUGCCAGUCUCUGGGUCAAAGAAAAGCGGGGAGGGUUGAUUUGGGUUUUGGAGGAAGUUAGUGAGGAUCUAGCCUUCGUUUAUACAUCCCAGCGGGACGAGGAUAACGUGGACAUUGUUACUCGGUCUGAGGGCAGCUUGAGCAACAUUUUUGGAGACGCGUACCUUGCCGCGCCAGGAGCCUUACUGCGCAACUUGCUUCCUACCCUUCCAAGAAUGGACGACGGCAGCAUCGAUUUCGAGAAGACAACGGUGGUGCAUCAGUUUACGGUUGCGAGUGCCACCGGAGCUAAGAUUCCCUGUGGUGUCGAACCGAUUCCAGGACACAGAGGACUGCGAAUCUCAUCCUUCCCCCACAUUGCUGGAAUCAUGGUUCUCUCUGCGUCUUCACUCAAAAUCGCCAGUGCCAACGCUGUUUUUGCGGCGGCACUGCUCGGUCAUCUAGAUCCUAUCGGUCUAUCGAUCUCGGAGCUCAUCCCCAACUUUGAGAAGAUGCUGGACUACUUGACCAACGAGGAGCACAUCAGCUUGGUCGAUGGGAUGGUUGUACCCGAGCACUCGUUCCGUAAAGCGAAUUCGAUCCUUUCCCUUCGGGAAAACAAGAGCGGCGACGCGAUGUCUACGUUCUCGGUUCCGGGCGGAGUCAUCGCGAGACAUCGCGAUGGAUCGGAUAUUCACGUUGACGUGCAAAUGAGGGUGGUGAUCUCGGAGUACCGGGAUGAGGACGCUAUUGCGGACGAUUCCGAUACCGAGGACGAGGACGAGAUAGAAGACAAGACGGAGACGGUCUAUGCUCUGUGGAUCACGUAUUCGAAGCAUCUGCACGUUGCAUCGGCGACUAAUGAUCCCCUUUCGCUCGAGCUGAACCGACCAAUCACCCCGCCGAAAGCUCCGAGCCCUGGGCAGCCCGAUACUCCUCCCGCCCUACCUACUCCGGGCCCGGAAACCCCAGGGAAGGAACUAUCGAAGCAACUCCAUCAGUCUCCGACCCCGCCUAGCUCCGAGGAUGAACUUAACACGUCGUCAAAGGGUGCCAACCGGAAAGCCGCUUCCCCGACUCCAGUUGUGGCCAAACGGAAGAAGAACAUUCAAGACUUCGUCAUCCUUGAGGAUAUGGGCCAGGGAGCGUACGGCCAGGUCAAACUGGCCAGAUACAAGCGGAAAGACAUGAAGCGGGUCGUUCUCAAGUACGUUACGAAGCGGCGGAUUCUCGUCGAUACAUGGACCCGAGACCGGCGACUUGGGACGGUGCCCCUCGAAAUCCACGUUCUCGAUUACCUCGGACGGGACGGGCUCAAGCACCCCAAUGUUGUCGAGAUGACUGAUUUCUUCGAGGACGAUGUCAACUACUAUAUCGAGAUGGUGCCGCACGGAUUGCCGGGAAUGGAUUUGUUCGAUUACAUAGAACUGAAGGUCAAUAUGGACGAGGACGAAUGCCGCAGCAUCUUUAUCCAGGUCGCCCGCGCACUGUACCAUCUCCAUAUCAAAGCUGGUGUUGUCCACCGAGACAUCAAGGACGAGAAUGUGGUGCUUGACGGUGCUGGCAAUAUCAAGGUGAUUGAUUUCGGCAGUUCGGCGUACAUCAAGAAUGGACCUUUUGAUGUGUUUGUGGGGACUAUUGAUUACGCUGCUCCGGAAGUUCUGCAGGGCAAGUCUUAUAAAGGGAAAGAGCAGGAUGUAUGGGCGCUGGGAGUGUUGCUAUACACAAUCUGUUACAAAGAGAAUCCCUUUUACAACAUCGACGAGAUCAUGGACCGCGAACCACGGAUUCCGUUCGUCAUGUCGGAGGUUUCACUUGAUCUUAUCAAGACCAUGUUGGAUCGCGAUGUCGACAGACGCCCUACGAUCGAGCAAGUGAUCGCACAUCCAUGGUUCGAAGACUUACCGGGUCCCGAGGAAGCCCUUCUGGCGACAUCGCCGAUCGAUGCAAGCACAAGGAGGAAUCAGUAG